CAGACCGUGUUAGUCUUCUCGCAGCGUCGUUUGAGAAAAGAUGUGAAUUACGUGCGCGCUCACACCGUGAUUGUUUUGCCGUUUUCAGGUGCGGUUAUUGUGAACAUCCGAAAAGCAAUCUCCAAAUUAUGAUGUCGCGCAAUAUUUCGAUCCAAAAAAUUGCCGUGUUUGUUUUAGCUGUCGGAGUAUCGUGCAUCAAGGCCCAAAAAUUUUCAGAAACUCAGCCGUGGCGAAAACUUCCUAAACUAUACGAUUAUGAUGAUUUCGAUGAUUGCCGAAACGCGAACCCGGAGUACCUGUACUGUGUCGUGAAGACACACCUUGUUGAAGAUUCCAAAUCAGUUCUUUGGCGCCUGAUAAGUACAUAUUCUGCCGAUCCACGGCACUACCGACGAGAUGAACUGGAGCUGGGGAUUUGUUUUGAUAGGUGUGAUUCCAUCCUCAGUUUGACGCCAGAAAAUGACAACAAAACAGAAAUAAUCGCGAGUUGCGCCACUGAACGCGUACGGCUUAAUUAUGCGCUAAACUCCACUUCGCAUGUGCUGAGCUGCGUGUCCGCCGAAGCAUCGCGUUUUCCGCCGGUCGAGGUACCUGAAAUGCUGUUUGGGGCGCUGGUCGUCAUUCUUUUGGCGUUGGUCAUUUCGAGCACCAUAAUUGAUGUGAAGGACGUAUCUGGCAAAGGCACUCUGUUGGUUAACGCAUUCUCGCUAGCAGCAAACUUGAGAAAGCUUGGCUCGUUGAAUUCGAGAUCACGACAGGAUCUAUUGUAUCUCGAAGGUGCUCGUGUUUUAACCAUGAUUGUCAUUUUGCUGUGUCAUGCAUCCAUUCCGAUGAUUCGGUUUCCAAUUAAAAAUCCCGAGAAGGUCGAGCAACAGUUCGAAAGUUGGUGGUUUCCUAUUGCUUUAGCUGGGAACACGUACACCGUUCAGCUAUUUUUCAUCAUUGGUGGAGUGGUACUGGCGGUCAACUUUAUGGAUCAUAUAAAAACGCAUGCAAAGUUCAACCGAUCAUAUCUAUGGAACAAGAUACUCAACCGGUUAAUACGGAUACUUCCCGUGUACGCGCUUGUAAUAUUCUUCCAAGCAACCUGGUAUCAACGAUUGAGUGAUGGACCGAUCGCGUUCCGGUACAAGGACCAUUGUCGAGAAAAUUGGUGGACUAAUAUGCUGUUUGUGAACAAUUACAUUAACGCCAGUGAACCGUGUGCACAAUUUACGUGGUAUUUAGCUGCUGAUUUCCAGCUUUUCCUGACAGGAUGUUUUAUAAUGAUGAUAAUUUGGAAAUUUCCAAAGUUAAUUAAAUCUUUGAUCUACACAAUGAUUGCAUUUGCUUUUAUCGUGCCAGCUCUAGUCAUUUAUAUGUACAAUUUAGAUGCAACAGUCUUAGUCCUCGUUAGAUAUAUGACAAACGAGAUCCGAGAUCUUGCAUAUUAUUUAAAGGUUUACAUUACGUUAGAAAGCAAUGCAGGAAACUACUUUUUUGGAAUGAUUAUGGGUCUGAUCUUCCAUAAAUUCAUUGAAGAUGGUAAAAAACUGGAAUCCAUCAAGAACUUUAAACAAAUGUUUUUUGCUGCGGCCCUGUUCUUCGUGGCCAUGAAUGCAAUGACUGUGAUGUUACCUCGUGAACAGCUGAGUGAACCGUACUUUUCAACUGCUAUUUUUGGUUCUCUACUGAAGAGCUCCUGGGGUAUCCUCUUCAGUUUUCUGAUGCUGUAUCUAAGCUUCCGGCCGACGUGCCUGUUUGCUCAGUUCCUGCAGCAUCCAAUUAUGCUGGUGUUGGCCAAACUCAGUUACUGCGUAUACGUCGUACAGUAUACCAUGGUGUACAUGAUUUACCGUAACGUCACCACUCCAUUAGCAAACAGUACCUUCAAUAUGUUGUUAUUUACGUCAGCAGUUCUAUUCAUGACACUCAUCGCCGGCUUUUUACUUCAUGUCUGUGUUGAAGUACCAGUCAUGACUUUGCUCAAAGGACUACUUGAACCAAAACAACCCAAACAGAUCUCUACCACACCAGCAAAGCGAACAGAUGAUUAAACUACAAACGAAGCCAUCAACACUUAAUCAUAAUAUAGCUACAAUUUUAUACAACAAAAUAAAUGGUGAAAACAAA